GUGCACUUGGACUUUACUGUCAACUGAAUUACCCUCCGCAACACCAGCAUCAACACCAAGCCCCUACCCUACCUACAAACACAAACAACAACCUCCCCAAGCAAACAGAAAUUCCAAAAUGCGCCUCCCCUACGCCCCCACCACUCCACCAACCACCUCCGCCGCCAAAGUCAGCGAAAUCUACGCGCGGAUCGCCGCGCGCCGCGCCCCACGCCCACUCAUCCCCCUCGACCUCUCCCUGCUGCACGCCCCGCCCGUCGCGGACGGCUGGAACAGCUUCCUGGGGGCGAUCCGCACGGAAACCGUGAUCGACCCGGGGCUGCUGGAGCUGGCCGUGUGCCGGGUGGCGGUGCUGACGGGCGCGGUAUACGAGUGGAACGCCCACGCGCCGCUGGCGCUGAAGGGCGGGGUGCAGGCGGCGGAGCUGCAGGCCGUCCGGGAACUGGCCUCCACGGCGGAGGAGGAGACGCCCGGGGAGAAGCUCCGGGCGAGUGCGCUGAGUGGACGGCAGCAGGCGGUGGUGAAGUAUGCGGAUGAGAUGACGGUGCGGGUGGCGGUAAGGGAGGGGACGUUUGCGGCGCUGCGGAGCGAGCAAGCGGCCGGCGGCGCGGGGUUGAGUGAUCGCGAGGUCGUGGAGUUGACGACCGGCGUGGCUGGGUAUAAUUGUGUGAGUCGCGUGUUGGUGGCGCUGGAUGUGGGGGAGAAUAAUGAUAAGGAGAUGAAGAGUGUGCAGGAGCUGGUGGAGGGGUUGAAGAAUUAGAGAUUCUGAG